UUCUUCGAUCCCCUUCAAAUAAACUAAGCAGGAAGAAUCCUAAAAUGAAGGCUUUCGUUUGUGUGUUGGCAGUUUUGGUAGCAUCAUGCUCCGCCGGAUUCCUUGGCGGAAGUGGUGGUGUUGGUGGCGGUUAUGGUGGUGAUCAUGGCGGCUAUGGUGGCGGCCAUGGUGGUUCAGUACAAACCGUCAAAGUUAUUCAUGCUGAAGGUGGUGCUGUCGGUGGUCAUGGAGGUUAUGGUGGUGGUGAUCAUGGUCAUCACCACGGUGGCGCCGCUCAAACCAUUAAAGUAAUUCAAGUUGCCGGUGGUGCUGGUGGUCAUGGUGGAUACAGCGGUGGUCACGAUCACGGCCAUCAUGGUGGUGCUGCUCAAACCAUUAAAGUCAUUCAAGUCGCUGGUGGCUCUGUCGGUGGUCAUGGAGGCUAUGGCCAUGAUCAUGGUCAUCAUGGUGGCGCUGUCAAAACCAUUAAAGUAAUCCAUGCCGAAGCUGGUCAUGGCGGUCACGGUGGUCAUCACGGCGGCCCUGCUCCUGAAGUCAAAACAAUUAAGGUUGUUCAUCAACAAGCCGCACCUGUCCAUCAAGCCCACGCCGAAGAAAAAAUCAUCAAAGUUGUCCACCAACAAGCUGCUCCCGUUCACAGCCAUUCGGAAGAAAAAAUCAUCAAGGUUGUACAUGAACAAGGCGGUCACGUUGAACAUGGUCACCAUGGUGGUGCUGGCGCUGAAGAAGUCAAAACCAUUCAAGUCAUUCACGAACAAGGUGGAGCUGCUGCCGGUGGUCAUGGUGGCUAUUCGUAUGGCGGUGGUGCUGAAGAAGUCAAAACCAUUCAAGUUGUCCACGAACAAGGUGGUGCCGAAGGCGGUUAUGGUGGUGGCUUCUCAGCUGGUGGUUAUGGCCAUGGUGGUGCCGGUGCUGGCGGUUUUGAUGAUUCUUUGGAAACUUUAAAAUCUCUUAAGGUUAUUGGUGCCUUGGGUGGUCAUGGUGGUGCUGGCGGUUUCGGCGGUGCCUCUGCCUCCCAUGGUUGGCAAUGA